AUUCCCGAAGAAAGGCAUCAUGUGGCUUGCACGUGCCGACCUCUCUCUCCUCUAUCGUCUCCCUCUCUCUCUACAAACCCUAAUCAAAACUUCACCUUUUCCCCAAAUCAGCGCGCGGUUUAGAUGAAAUUCGACGUCUCUUUCGAAUCGGACACUCAUAUUCUCUCGAAUUCGAGCUGGAUUUGACGAUUUUCUGCUCAAUAACCAAGCACUGAAGACUAAUCGGCUACGAUUAUUCGAAGAAACCAUGGAAGGCUCCGUAGCGUCAUCGAUGGGCUCUGUGGAGGACGGCCCGGAGUCGUGGGAGGUUGCUGACGUGGAGGAGAGCAUGCGCCGCCUCAUGCACUCCUCCAGAAAGGAGUCUUCUAGUAUCAACUCCAACAAGCAGGAGGAGAGAGUUGAGGAAUCCGGACCGGCUUUGGGUGUUUCGGAGGAUUUGAUCAACACAGUAGAUCAGUUUCUGCGGGAAGCUAUACAAAAUCCUCGUGAGCGGCUCUCUGUGUUGAGAAUGGAGCAGGAUGUGGAGAAGUUCAUUCGGGACCCUACAAGGGAGCAGAUGGAAUUCCAACAGUUGCCCACUUCUUAUUUACGCUUGGCUGCUCACCGUGUUGCACAGCACUACUCACUGCAGUCCAUGGUUUUGUUGGAUAAUAACCUUAUAGAUGGUUCUGGCUCCAAAAUCAUUGUUCGCAAGACUUCUAAUAUUCGACUUCCUUUGGUUCGUCUUGCUGACAUCCCUGUAAAUCUACCUAAUGAAGACUCUGGUGCGGUUAAGGUUGCAAUCAAGCAGCGGCCACAAAAAGGGCAUCUAAAUAACAGCAAUUCGAAUGCACAUUCUGAAAAAUCAAACAGUGCAAAAAGUGUUGAAGAAAGAAAGGAGGAAUACAAUAGGGCUAGGGCUCGGAUAUUUAGUUCGAACAGCUCUAUGCGGAGUUAUGCUGCAAAACAGGGAAGUGAUGGCAGGAUUCAUGAUAAUUUCCAGCAUGGUUCCUUAGGACUAACCAAGGCAGAAGAGAGAGGUGGUGGAUCCGAUGGGGUUAUUGCCAGAAGCUUGUCCGAGUCUUCGACAUCUAGCAGUAGGUUACCUAAGAGUAGGACAGAGAGAGAACCAAUUGGAAGACCAAAGACAAAUAGUCGGGUGGCGAUCUUUAGGGACCGCGAAGUUGAACGGAAAGAUCCUGACUAUGACAGGAACUAUGACAGAUACUUGCAGAGGUUUGAUCCUGGCUUUGGAUUUAGUGGAAGUCCGUACCCCAUUCAGCCUAUGUAUGCACCUGCAGUGAAUUACAACACUGAAUUCCCACAGCUUGGAUCUGGUCACCGACCCCCAAUUUCUUCAGAGCACCAACCCAUGCAUCUUCCUCAACACAUACCAGGGACGUGGAUUGCUCCAUCCCCUCCAGCUGGCAUUGGAUAUGGUCAUGCAGAAAUGCCUCCUUUUAACUCUGGUCAUGUAAAUGCCCCACCAAACUCUGGUCUUUAUUUACAUUCUCCUCAAUACGCUUGUCAACGACCUGGAAUGCCAUAUCUCCAUCCUCUUGAUCCAGUUCACCAGCCUUUUUCACAGUCUCAUCAGCAACAACCUGAUGCAAGUUUCGGAUUAGCCCGGCCCCGGUGAGGGGCUUGGGCCAUGCCUGCACCCUCUCAGGAUCGAGUUGGGCAUGGUUGACCUGUUGCUGCUAGGGCAGCAAAUUUGGCCCAACCGAGUGGGGUGCAGGCAUAAGAAACUGAGAUAUGCUGAUGGUGCUCAAGCAUGUGCUCUUUGCUUGUGCCCAUUCAGCUACUCUCAGUUUAUAUGGCUUUCGUCGCGUAGACGGAGCAUGUGAACAACAGUGGCAGUGCAAAAGAUUGUAUGAGGUCCCUAGACCUCUGCUUUGUUACUGCUUGUAAUGAUGAUGAUGAUGAAAAUCCACCCAUGAACUGCAACAUAUCAGUGUUCUGCAUUCGUCAUGGGCACCGGUACAUAUAUGGCUGACUGCGACGCAGGAUGAAGAAUGCAUCAAGUGAGGAUAUUGCCGUCUGUUAGUCGGCUGAAUAUAAUUUGUUUAGACUUGUGGUUAUUAUGCUCGAGUUUGAUUGAACAUCUUAAAUUCUAUGAUAGCAAUUGUAAUGUCCCAUUUUACGCCUUCUGUUUGUUGGCAUCGUUGCUAUUCUAACUGUGAAUGGAUUAUCCUUUUAAUCUAAUUUUUACUUAUACAAUUAA